AUGAGCCGCUCAGAUAUCGAAUUCAAAACCAUCGACAAUGUCACUAUACGGGGCUGGAUGUUUAAGCCCGCUGAUGCAGAAGGGAAAUAUCCAUGCCUCAUAAUUUCCCAUGGUCUGACUUGCCUCAAAGAGAUGUCCCUUGACACUCUGGCCGAACGUCUGACUUCCGUGCUUCCUAUUGCAUGUCUGGUGUACGAUCACCGUGGCUAUGGCUCCAGCGAUCAAAAGGACAAUGAGCCGCGCAACGAGAUUGUCCCGGCAUACCAAAACAGUGAUUUGCAAGACGCCAUUACCUAUGCCCAAUCUCGUGAGGACAUCGAUGCGACAAAGAUUGGUCUCUGGGGCUACUCCUACAGUGGCGGUCAUUCGUUAUGGGUUGCUGCAAAUGAUCGCCGUGUCAAGGCAGUAAUCGCUGUGGCGCCUUUCACCACAGGUGAAAUCAUCACGAACAACAUGCGGACAGACCUGGAGGAUUCUUUCAACGACAUGCUUGCUCAGGAACGGCUUUCACGAGCUGCUGGUAAUGAACCUGGAAGAUUGCCUGUCAUAGUCAAGAACCCACUCGACACAGCUGUGCUCCCCCAUGUCGAAAGCUAUGCAUUCUUCUCUACUUGGGCUGAGAAGGGUGUUUGGAAGAACGACCUAACCAUCAGGAGCUUGGAAGGUAUAAAGUCAUAUUUUCCCGGAUGUCGCAUCCACAAAAUCAGUCCUACGCCAUUGUUGAUGCAGGCACCCAGAAAGGAUGUCAUUGCAACUACUGAGACAAUGCUUGAAGCAUAUAGCCGUGCAGUAGAGCCUAAGGAGCUUCAGAUGCUUCCAGGUGGGCAUUUCAGCAUGUUUGAAGGUGAUGUGUUUGAGAUGUUGCUUGCUAAGGAGAUUGAGUUCUUGAAGAGUACGUUGCUCGAGUGA